UCAGACCAGGAUAGUAGCCCGAUAAAAUAAAAAUACGGCGUCCCCCUUGCGCUAGCGUCCCCGUCUCGCCUCGCUCCAACUCACCGCGCCGCGCCCGUGAUCCGCCCCGCCGCCCUCGAUCUCCACAGGGAGGGAGCGCGCGCGGAGGAGGCGGAGGGAGAUGGCGACGGAGGACGGGGCGAGGUCGCCCACCAGGAUGCUGGCGGAGGGACAUCUGCGGGUCGCCACGGGAGGGGGCGCGCCGGCUGACGGCGGGAUCGCCGUCCGCCACCUCCCACACCACCACCACACCGCUAAGAAAGCAUUCCCAUCAGGAGAAGCAAUGUCGACAGUGAUCACAAAGUUCGCUGUUAUGUCUAUGCUGAUGUGGAUGGUCCCGGUGGCGAUCGUGUAUGGGUUUAACCACCAGAUCUUUCCAGGUGUUGGCCAGCUUUCGCCCUCAGCGCAAACCUUGGCCAGUGGAUUCCUUGCUGUCAUCUCGGUCAACCUGGUGAUCGGCUUUUACAUAUACAUGGCGAUGAAGGAGACUCCCCAUCAAGAGCCGCAGCCUGACCCUACCUUUCUUGCAAACGCUAAAGCGAGCAUCAACCAGCCUACAUCUUCUCAAGUGAGUGACGAUUCUCAUGGGAAGGGGAAGGUGGAGUAGGUAGUAGGGCAACUUCACUUGGUUUUUUGUCCCCUUGAUGCACAUGCUAUCAAGAAUCAGUUGUGUUAUGUGCUUAUGUACUAUUAAGCGCGUGCUUUUAGUUUGGUGGAUGUAGUUGCUGAAUCUUAUGAGAACUAGAGGUAUAUUAUGAUGAAUCUUGUGUACCAGUUAUUACUGUGUUCAACUUGUUAAUUUUGUUAAGAUGUUGAGAAAGGCCACUCUUGUG